CGCUUCAACCGAUACUACCAGAACUUGGAGAAGGUCUAGUGCCAUCAAUACUCCAAUUAUCACUAGCCCUCCAGUGAAUAUUCCAACGGCUGCUGCCUCGAUAACACAUACUCCGACCACGAGUAACAUUACAUCACCAACUACAAACCAAGAACCUACUUCAUCUUAUGAACCAUUCUUACCUACAAGUGAAGGUAAUGUUAAGAAAUGCAGUGUUUGUUGCGAAGAUUAUUCGACCGUUCAACAAAUUUCGUCUGCUUGCGGUCAUAAUGACCUUUGUCCUACCUGUAUCAAGCGACACAUUGAAGCGGAAUUAAAUACUAAAGGAAGUGAAAUUCAAGUACGUGAUAUAAGUUUUAAAGAAUCUUUCAACCCACGCAAGUUAUUAAAUGCAUAUAUUAAAAUAAGGUACGAUACUCUUCUUUUGCGAGCUGCAAUCCGUAAGCUUCCAGAUUUUCGUUGGUGCAAGGCUCCGAAAUGCGGUUCCGGUCAAGAACAUACAACCGGAGCCUGUGGCGAAAAAUCAUGUUUCACUCAUGAUGUUCCUUGGCACUCAGGACUAACCUGUGAUGAAUUUUCUGAGCAAUUACAAACCAAAGAUUAUACUGCUAAUCGUGCCUAUUAUGAACGUCAUACUAAACCAUGCCCAAGAUGUAAAAUGUCUAUUGAAAAGAAUCAUGGAUGCGAUCAUAUGACUUGUCGUUGUGGUUAUGAAUUUUGUUGGCUGUAA